GCCGCCUCCCAGCUGCAGCUCCACCCCGCUCUCGCCCUUGGCGCGGCCGCUGAUGCCUCCCAGCCGUAGAUCUACCCGCUCUCUCCCUUGGCGCGGCUGCAGACACCUCCUCCCCACUGCCCUCGCCCGCAACGCCCUGUCGCCGUGCUCGCCCGGGCCUCUCCUCCGCGCGCGGCCUCUUUGCGCCGCCACCGCGUCGAGGCCUCCCCGCAGCUGCGCCGACUCCUCCCCGCCGCCGCAGGUCAUCGAGGUGCCGGAGUCACUGCUGCAGAAGGGCAAGUGCGAGGAGCAGUGGGCAGCGGACAGGAAGGAGAAGGCGCUCGCCGACAGGAAGAAGGCGCUCGAGAGCUGCAAGAUCAUUCUCACGCGCGCCAAGCAGUACGUGCAGGACUACGACGCCCAGUAAUGAUGAGCAUUGAAACAAC